UCCAUUGUUGCAGAGGUCUUCCAGCUGGUCUGGUUCAAGGGACGGGGCCACCAUCCGAGGAUACAAUAGCACUUUAAUUUUUUUGUUUUUAAGGAUGUCUUGCAAUCAGUCUCUGUACGGUAGUUUUCCUCCAUCUCCAUCGGAGGACAGGGGCUCACAGCGGCUGUCCUGGAGCAGUUUGCUUCACAAGCUGACAGAGCUGAAGGGACACAAUCAGAGGGUGACAGAAGAUCAGUACUGCAGCAGUGAAUCUGGAUCUAUGACAGAUCUGUCAGAGUUAGACAUCAGCUCCUUCUUCUAUCCUCUGGAGGAGACCUUGGCUGCAGACGUUGUGACUGCCAUUGCACAUAGUCUCAGUGAUGCAUCGCACACCAGCUUGGAUUGCUCCAAACUCAUCCUCCCUGACUGCCUGCUACACAAUAUCAGCCAAGAGCUGCUCCACUUGGCCGCGAUAGAGCCUUGUGGUCUCAGGGGAGCGCUCAUCGACCUGUGCGUUGACAUGGGGAAACAGGACUCCCCAUGUACUGUGGAUCAAAUAGCAGUAGAUCCAUCCCUUGUCCCAACUUUCCAUGUGACACUGGUGCUGAGGGUGGAGUCCAGUGGACUGUGGCCAAAAGUUCAGAAGCUCUUCAAAAGUAGCAAACCAGCACAGACAUCCUCAUCGUCUCCGAAGUACCACGACACCCUAAAGCUGAGCACGAGUUUCAGGGCUAUCAAGAGGAAACUGUACAGUUCAGCCGCACUGCUGGUUGAGGAGUGCUGAUCGCUGAGCACUCUUGUCUCUGAUAAGCUGAACUCUAAAGAAACUGUAAAGAAGCUGCUAAUUAAUGCAAAAUCUUAACAAAAGCACUCUCGAGACAUAACAAUGAUGACCUGUCUGUGAUGAUGUAUGACGGGGUUAAUACUGAACUACCUUUGUCUCAUAGCAGCUACUCAUGUGGGUGCAGUGAAGAUUAGUGUUUGCACAUGGGUCAGUUUCAUUCCUGUGAAUGUGAAGCCACACCUAUAAGGGAAUGCCUUAUGUAUGUGACAUUUAAAUAUACCAACGGACACUCGUUUUGUAUUUUUUUUUUUAACAUGAGAGAAUAAAUUAUUUUUUUAUUAACUUUUUGUGUGAGUUUUAUCUGUCUGCGUCCCAUAUCCACACAAAUUCAUACAUGCUAUGUACUGCAGUGCUGAGACAAAACAGUAAAGCAGCAGUAUGUUGUAUUUUAUUUCUCUUGCACCAACCAUUCAGUUAUGUUACUGCUGUAAACAGAUACUUCCAGCAGUUUUCUUAGAGUAGUCAGUACUUAAUGACUUGACAUCAGGGGUGUUAAACAUGAGGCCCGGAGUCCAGAACUGCCCACCAAAGACUCUACUCUGCCCUUUGGAUGGCAUGGGAAAUGUGAAGGAAGAUAUCAAUUUUAGACUCUACCUCCCCCUUGGCCAUUAUACACCAAAAUAAUUAAGUACAUAAAUCACAGAAAGUGGGUUUAGUUUUUUUAAAAAAAAGACAAAAAAAGGAGAAGUAUUCUGUCAGUUUUUUAAUUUGUAGUCACAGGACAGUCUGCACAAUGAGCUAACAGAACUUUUUCUAUAAUUUUACACAU